AUGAAGGAGUAUAUCAUUCUCUUCUUCGCCAUCUUUUCGAUUUUCGGGACAAUUAGAGCCUCAUCGAGGUCUCCUGGAUGUGGCAUGCCUAUUCCAAACAACGAAUCUCCCGGGAAUUUCACCUAUGUAGCUCUUUUCAUGACAAGUGACAACGUCCCACGAUCUUACAUCAUAAAUAUUCCGUCUGGUUACGAUACAGAGAAGCCAGCACCGCUGAUAUUUUCAUUCCAUGGACGUGGAAAAACUGCCUAUUCCCAGCUGCUUCUUUCUGAAUUCUACAAUGAGACAUGGAACCCAGAUGCUAUCUCGGUUUAUCCGCAGGGUCUAAAGGGUUCCGAGGGUGAGACCCAAUGGCAAGGGGACCCAAACUCCGUCGGUGUCAACGAUGUGGGCUUCGUUCUGGAUAUGAUCAACAACUUUUCACAGAAUUACUGCCUUGAUACAGACCGCAUCUUCGCUUCCGGCAAGUCUAAUGGAGGAGGUUUCACGGGACUUCUCGCCUGUGAUGAGACCGCAUCGAAGCAGAUUGCAGCAUUCGCUCCCGUAUCCGGAGCGUUCUAUCAACCUCUGAGCGAAAACGGCACUUGUGAUGCAGCUGACACCCCCAUAAAAUGCAAUCCGGCAGCACGCAAGAUUCCUGUUAUUGAGUUUCAUGGCGAUGCAGAUGACACAAUCCCAUAUAACGGCGGUGAACGUCGUGGAGAGUGUCUGCCAACUAUCCCACAUUGGGCUAGGGAGUGGUCGACGAGAGAUGGGUAUGGACCAAAGAGCGACUUGACCAGCUCAUUUGAUAAUCACGUUUUGAAGUACGAGUAUGGAUACUCUGAGGGGUCUUUGGGUAUGGUGACGCAUUACCUGAUAAGGGGACUGGGUCAUGCUUGGCCAAGCACACAGCCAAAUUCGGACAACCCCAAUGGGACGUACAUUAACGCGACACCGUUGAUCCUGGAUUUCUUCUCUAAAUGGCCGCUACACUAG